AUGUCGGCAUCUACCGCUUCCAUAACCGCGAAUCAAAGGCCCAUAACUCGCCGCCGAGCAGCCGAGCAGAGCAUUUCGGCCAUGGGAUCGGAUUUCGCGGCGGCAGCCGUCGUCACCGAGUCUGAGAAGAGAGAAGAUCGACUCACUGCCGGUAACACUGGCGCCGUGGUCCUGAGGGAUGCUACGAGAGCACAGACCCAAAUCCCGACGAGGAAGGUUGCCCCUUCCAGGAAGCAAGCAAGGGCGAGAUGGCUAUCAGUGAUCCGCAUUCUCACUAGGAUUCUGGCGUUGAUGGUAGUCUCACUGGGUUUCGUUCAGAUGUCUCGAUGGGUGGUCAUGAAUUCUGGUGGUGAUGUCAAGGAUAUAGCGGCAAUUUCAGGGGAUUUCGAGGGAAAAUUAUCCGAGAUGGAGAAGUUUGUUAAGACGACAAUGAAGGCGAUGCAGAUACAGUUUCAUGUGGUUGAUCAGAAGCUUGAGGAUGGGAUUAGCACAGUUAGAAAGGAUUUAGAUAAGAAAAUCGAGCAGAAGGGGGACGAACUGGACUUAGUGUUGAAGGCUCUGGGUGCGCGGAAUGAUGUUUUUGAAAAGUUUAUGGAUGAAUAUGGAAGCAAGAGUCUGCUUUCAAAGGAAGAAUUUGGUGACUUUUUUGAGAAAUUUAAAUCCGCCAGGGGCAGUGCUGGUGAUUUUAAUGAGGUUAGUUUGGACGAUGUAAAGAAUUAUGCACGGGAGAUUGUGGAGAAGGAAAUUCAGAGGCAUGCUUCUGAUGGGUUGGGAAUGAUGGAUUUUGCAUCGGCAUCAGGAGGGGCAAAGGUAGUGAGGCAUUCUGAGCCUUAUGGUGCUGUGGGACUUGGUACAAGUUCGAGUUGGUUUAUGAAUCGUAAUAGAGUAAGUGCAGAAGCUGAGAAGAUGAUUAAGCCGAGCUUUGGAGAGCCUGGACAUUGUUUUCCUCUUAAAGGGCAGAAUGGUUUUGUUGAGAUAAGACUCAGGACUGCCAUUAUACCCGAAGCAGUGACUCUCGAACAUGUUCAUAAGAGUGUGGCCUAUGAUAGGUCCAGUGCUCCCAAGCACUGUAGAGUGUCUGGAUGGAUGCAAGGAGAAUAUUCAUCUCAUAUGGAAGUUCAUAGUUCAAAGAUGAUUCUUUUAGCUGAGUUCGUCUAUGAUCUUGAGAAAAGCAAUGCUCAGACUUUUAAUGUAACGGCAGCAACCUCUAAUCCUGUCGACACUAUCAGGUUUGAUGUUACAUCUAACCAAGGGAGUGCUUCUUAUACAUGCAUCUACCGACUGAGAGUGCAUGGUCGUGAACUGGUUCACGACCCCAACUCAGCCUUGGAAAUUCGAGCAUGA